AUGGCCUCCCCCUCUUCCUCCAUGAUCUCUGACAUCCAGUUGAUGCUUGUUGCCAAUCUGCUCGGCAUCUUCAUCUUUGUGCUCGUCGUCGCGUACCACUUUGUCGCCGUCAACAAGACCGCCACCGUCACUGCUGCUGCUUCUUCUGCUACUACGUCUGCUUCUGCCACGUCAGGGUCAUCCGCUGGUGCAUCAGUGGCCGCAACCACAGCCAGCGCCAAGAAGCUGAACUAA